AUGCCAGUUGCCAGCACCGCAGUUGUCCUCCGCGCUCAAGGAUCUCAGGCGCUUGUUCGUCAAAACCAACAGUUGAAGCCAGUGAUUCCAGGUUUAGGACGGACGCUGAAUGAACUGUACGACUUGCUCGGCACCGCCGCGGGGGCAGCAGCAAACCGUGCUGCCCAUCGGCUAGGCUUUGGCCCGCUCGCCAUCUCAGAACACAUAAGGCGCCAUUUUGACAAUGAGGGAGUGGAGGGGAGGGAGAAACGAAUACAUGCCUUGCCCACGCGUGAUUUGAGGAGAAGUGGCCUCGGGAAAGACUGCCGAAAGCUGGUGGCCUACACCCUCCCCAUGCAAAGCACCAAAACACAGAUCGAGGCGCUUGAGUGUGUCGUCGAGCUCAGCACGCGAUACCCUGGCUUGAGGCGUUUCUUUAUUGAAGCCAAGACAAUAAAGCACGAGGUGCCUUCCCCAAUAUCCAUAAACGGACUCUAUCAUCUCUGGAAGCCUCCAAAUCGACGCUACCUUUCAGAGGAAGAAGCAGCGGACCUCGACUUUGCGGCGAAGCUUGCAGCGGCGUGUCUUGUUGACAGCAACUUGGCCUCUCUAAUGGAAGAAAGUCCCGAUAAAAACCCCAAUAUUGGCGACUACAACAGCAAUGGACUGACGGUCAUCGAGUGUCUCCUCGUUGUCCUGUGGUCUCGCACCCCCGCAGACCCGUCAGUUGCACUCGCCAUUAGUCAGGCCCACUCUUCUACAAACGUGCUGCGCAAGCUUGGCCAAAGCAUAGCUGAAAUACUUGAAGACAUGGACAUAGAGGAAACAACCAUCGACUUGAGCGAGCCUCCCCUGAUGGACUUGGAUGGCCUGGACAUUCUUUGCGCCGCGCUGUUAUCUGGAACAUACGACCUUAUCGCACGCCACGGCCUAGAGCAAGAUCGCGAAUGGCAUCAGAGCACGUUGGAGCUCGUAUUGUCGCUCAGAUUCCCUAAAUCCGAGGCGCUGUUGCCAUGCGCGUAUGCGUGGGCCACCAGCGAAGCAUUCCGCGGCUGGUUCGAUGCGCCGGUGAGGCUCCAAACGUUUACCGUGGUGGCUCCUUUGACGGACGAAUAUUUAUGGCAGGACUCGGAGGAGAUGAUGCACAAUGAGGAUCCCUUCAUUGGCGGGUAUUCCGGCCCACACACACCAGACAGCGGGAAUGCCGAGUCAAUGACACAGGAUAGCAGCAGUUUAAUGUCUUUUCCAUCGGACCAGCAUCGCUCUGGCAAUUUAAGCGUAGCUAGCCGUCGUUUAACACCCUCUAUGCUCAGCGCCGUGUUUUUGACCACGGACUCAAGUUCUGGAGCAGAAACCAACGUGAUACCGAUAAGGCUUCUGUCGCCAACUCGCGAUACGGACUCUGGGGAAGACAGUGACCUGGUAUCCUCUCGGGAAGCUGAAUAUUCAGACACGGACUCUGAGGCAGCGGUCAACGACGCGUCGACCGAGCCGUGGAUGUCACUCCACGGCUACUCUGAGGAUGAAGAAAGUCCCAUCCUACGUCAAUUCGUCAACGACACCAUUGCCCGCGAGGAGCUGACCCCGUCGCCCCGAACGGAGCUUCUGUCGCCUACAGAGGCCAACAGGUCACAACACGAAGUUGACCGCGUCCGGCAUAGCCAACGGGGACCUUCGGACCGAUUUCGAAGACAGAGGGAACAGGCGUAUGGCGGUCUACCCCCAGAGGAAAUGCUGGCGAUGCUCAUUGAGCGAGAAUACGAGGGGAAGAGGCUGAGGAAGACUUUGAGUCGCGCCUUUGAGAGGCUAGAGGAUGAGGUCAAACGGGCGGCAGCCGCUGAGAUUGUCACCCAACAAACAUUGGACAAAUUUCGCGAGGCCAACCGGGCAAAGAGCGAUGCGGAGCGGCUUCUUGCGAAAAGGAACGAAGAACUGAGGAUGUGGAAGUUUCAAUUUGAGCAUGCGCAGAAGGAGAUCUCACGGGCUCAGGAAGUGGUUCAGUUGGUCGAAACACAGCGCGACGAAGCUGAACGCGCUGCAGCCAAAACUCGGACGUUAGCAAGACGGCUCAAAGAGGAGAAACUGGUGACGGAUGCGAUGGAGGAAGGCAGGAAACUAGGCUUCAAAGCGGGACUCCGAAGAGCACAAGAAGAAAUUGCGCUCAGACAAGGGUUGGAUCCUGAAGACAGGCUUACCAUCGACGACGACUAUGAGCAGCGGGAGGAGAAUGGAACCUAUCAACCAUCACAGGCGGACGGCAUUUCUAUUCUAGACGCAGCUUCAAUACGACCAAGAAGACGCCUUUCACCUGAAAGGACUUCUCAGCCAAUCCAUACUAUCCCAAAUUCAUCUCCAGCACAACCUAAUCUAAUGGCACCUGAAUCUAGUCGGCCGCAGCCCCCGGAGACUGCGCGUUCUCCUUCAUUUCAACUAUCUAUUUACCCCAUCGAAAUUCCACCACCUUCAGUGCUCAACGAUGCGCCGCAAUCACGUCGUCCUUCGCUGCAAGUGCAAACAGACUUUCCUUCACAACCGCCUGCAACUUCUACACCCACACCACAACGGCUGUCACAACCCAGAGACUCAUUGUUCAUCAAUCGUAGAGUUUCGGCGGUUCCUCCUCCACCUGUCGAUGAACCUCCCCCAAGAAAGGAUCCCACUCCUCCGCCGCAACGAUAUAAAAUGCGAGAGCCACCACCUGUGCCCCCUCCAAGAGAGCAUUGGUCUCAACUUCCCCAUAGACCCUCGCGUCAACCGAUGCGCCAACCAUCACCACAGCCCAUGCGCCAACCCUCACCACAACCCAUGCGCCAGCCCUCACCACAGCCCCAACGACAACCCUCACCUCAGCCAGCCCGACCUCCCGACAAUUAUAUUCCUUCUGUAUCACCUGAUGGAGACAUUCCUUUGCCCCCACCAUUCAUACUCGCCAAUCCACUUAUGGCCUCACCUCAAGCACCAUCACCGGAGCCACUGAUGCAACGGACCAGUUCAUGGUAUAAUAAUCGCGAGCCGGUUGAGCGAGAGAAGCCCCCUUCGUGGUAUCAACCCCCGCGUCGUCCUCGUUCAAAUGCUGGAUCAACUACUGCUCGGUCGGUUGCUUCAGGACGAUCGGGCUACAACCCACAUAUGCAUCACGUUUCUCUUGACUCUGCUGCUGCCCAGUUUGCCACCAGCUCGAAGAUGCAGAAGGAUCCCGGUUUGGGUGCAAUUCGAGAGGAUGCGAGUGUGAGAAGUGGUCAUCGGCGCAGUGUUAGUGGGCAGGAGAGACGCGUCAACGGACAUGAUCAAGGUCGAAGGAGCGUGAGCAUGAUGGGAUCAACAGAGUCGUUUGUGCCCCCGCCAAUCGAGAAGGACCCGAGACAUCAACGACAAACUAUGGCGGAUGAAUUGAGAUACUCGAAUCCGGAUUUUGCGGCCUCGAUGCGUGGGGCUGGAAGCAGCAAUGCAGCUCCGAGGAAUCAGCCACCGCGAAAUGUACGGGUACCUGCCCAGUUGACUACUCCCGCGCCAUUGUCUCCGUCAGUCGGGACUGCACAUUUGCGAGCGCGGUCGAUGUCUGGGAGCAGUCAAGGCCCCCCUGUUGAUUUGGUGCCGCGACAGAGUUUACGGCGUGUCAAGGAAAAAAGACCAGUUGCGCCGUCUGACAUUGGAUCGCCAAUGUCUGAUUUCGGAGGCGGAAUGCAGAUUAAUUCUCCGAUUUACGCGUUUCCUCCGCAAACGGAGCAAUAUUUGAGUCCCAACUACCCAACUGAGCCGCUGCCCGCGCCAGCUGCAGAAAAGGCUCCGCUUGGAUUUGUGCCACAGGCGCUGACGGUGCCUGCAGAAAUAACUGUACCGGUUGCUUUGCAUGGCAAGUCGAUAUCCACGCCGGGGCGCCCACGGUCGACAUCGUUGACUCGGUCGCCACUUCCGACCCAUAUUCCAAUGAACAGGCCUCCGAGCAUGAAUGGCUCGAGCACAAGUCUCGCGCUAGCCCCGCAAAGCUUAUCUCGGCAAGCCUCCAACGCGUCGCUUCGGAGUGCCUACGGCGCAUAUGACGCCAAGACAUACGUUGACCCGGCUUACUAUGCUGCUGAUACUGGCUACAACUUUGGCGCGGGCCCGCCGCCACGGCCAAUUUCUAUGGCCACAUUGCAUUCGCGGCCACGGUCACGUGCAAAUUCUGCAGCCUCGUCGCAUUCUGCGCUGUCAUAUAUGGGGCCCCAUCCUCCUGCUUGA